CUGGCGUGUAGCCGAGUCACCUCUCUCAUCAUCAUCAUCAUUCUCACAUAAACAAAUAUCUACCUGCUUCCUCCCCUUAAAAUCUGAUUUAACAAACGUCAAAGCAUUUCUCCAGUUUACGUUUUUUUCCUUACUCUUGUAGAAUCUGAAAGAUCAAACCUUUAAGUAAAUAUAUGGAGAUGGGUUUCCAGGAAAAUGAUCAAAACCAAGAACUCACCAAUCUUAUGGAGAUUGGAUCUGGGCAUUACGGGUGCUCACAUUAUAGAAGACGAUGCAAGAUUAGAGCACCCUGUUGUGAUGAAGUUUUCGAUUGCAGACACUGUCACAACGAAGCUAAGGAUUCUCUUCAGAUUGAACAGCUUCUUAGACAUGAUCUUCCUCGACAUGAUGUUUCAAAGGUUAUUUGCUCGCUUUGUGAGACAGAACAAGAUGUCCAGCAGAACUGCUCUAACUGUGGUGUAUGUAUGGGGAAGUACUUUUGCUCAAAAUGCAAGUUCUUUGACGAUGAUCUUUCCAAGAAGCAAUAUCACUGCGAUGAAUGUGGGAUUUGCAGGACCGGAGGAGAAGAAAACUUCUUCCAUUGCAAAAGAUGUCGAUGUUGCUACUCCAAAGUUAUGGAGGAUAAGCACCAAUGUGUGGAAGGUGCAAUGCAUCAUAAUUGUCCUGUUUGUUUUGAGUAUCUGUUUGAUUCCACAAGAGAUAUCACGGUCUUGAGAUGUGGUCACACAAUGCAUCUACAAUGCACCAGAGAUAUGGGGCUGCAUAACCGAUACACAUGCCCUGUGUGCUCCAAAUCCAUAUGUGACAUGUCCAACAUGUGGAAGAAACUUGAUGAAGAGGUUGCUGCAUACCCAAUGCCAAAAAUGUACGAAGACAAGAUGGUAUGGAUACUUUGCAAUGACUGUGGCUCAAACACGAAUGUUCGGUUUCAUUUGAUCGCGCAUAAGUGCACUAGCUGCGGUUCAUACAAUACUAGACAGAGGCAGAGAGGACCUGAUACUCACUCUUGCUCAUCAGGAGUUCCUCAGGUUGUUGGUUCAACCGGUUAAUCAAGACCUGAACCGGAGCUGGUUUAGGUGUCUGAAUUUCCCAAGGGAGAUAAUAUUAUAUUUUCUUAACUACAUCACCAGUUAGUUCUGGUCUAUAUCAUCACAAAUUCAAAUGCAUAUGAAGAUUGUAAUAAAUAUGCCAAUUCGACUUGGUGGGUCUAGAUGAUCUAAAAUAAACGUAAAUAGAUUCCAAAAUAUUAUGCCUCUCUAAACAUAGAUAAUAUCAUAAAACCAAUAACAUAAAACUCAUGAACUGGCAGGAAUUUGUGUUCUGUUUCUUCAAUAGUUCGUGUAAUGUCUGUUGCAAACACGUUCCGAAUCAAAGACAUAACGAGUCAUUUGUUGUGAAACUUUGAGAUUGAGUUAGUGUCACCCCUUUCCCUGCAAUCAACUGAAAUGCUAUGGUGGUUGGUCCGUUACAAGUGUCGCCACCUUUCUUAGAAGCUUUUGAUAAAUUUUCUCAAAGGUUUCCUAGAAACAAGUGAUUAAUUUGUGUCGCUGCACUUCGAAUGUGAAAUUACAGUGGCUAGAAUGUGUCGAACCCAGGUGGCCGUUACCACCAGACUAACUUGUUUGGUUACACAGUUUCCCAAAGAUUGUUGCAUUUUAUUUGUGUUUGAUGUUUCACUUUUUUCGAUCAUUGACCCAUAUUUUUUUUUGUUGAAUUCAAGAAAUU